CCUCGUUCCAGUGGCCGUUGUACUGCAGCCGCCGCCGCUUCCCAGCCAUGGGCGCCGUCUGGUCCGCCCUGCUGGUCGGAGGAGGUCUAGCGGGAGCGCUUUUCGUGUGGCUGCUGCGGGGAGACCCCGGGGAUGCGGAGCCGCGGAAGGGUGCGCCUCCUGGGGAGGCUUCAGCUCCCGGAGGCGAUCAGGAGGAUGGCGGCGGCGGACUGAGUCCAGGGCUAUGCAAGCAGGAGCUGAUCACCAAACCAGAGCAUCUACAAGAAAGCAAUGGACAUUUGAUUUCUGCAAGCAAAGGCCUGGAUAACCUGCAGGAAGCCAUGUGUGCACAGAAGAAUCUGUGUGGAGCAGAUGGGAACAAAGCAAGACAGCAUUGCCCUGCUGCACAGAUUCUAGACACACACACACUAGCUGCCUCUGAGACUGGUAACUCUGCAGGUUACUCUGAAGCUCUGAGAAAUAAAAGCCUUGAAUCUCAUGGAGAAGAACGGAGCUUCCAAAAAGGACAAAUGACACCUGCUAGUGCAGCUACCUGUUUUGGAAAGAAGCUGUCCUCUAGUGACCUGCCUGUGGACAGAGUUGAGGGAGUGAGCCAUGCACAGCUGGACAGUCAGGCCCCAGCUGACCAGGAGGACUGGGAAGUGGUAUCUAGGCACUCGUCUUGGGGGGAUGUUGGCUUGGGUGGCAGCAUUGAGUCUUCUGGGUUAAAUGUGAGUCAGGGAAUGGACUGUGACAACACUUGUGUAGAAUUGAGAGGUUGGGAAGCAGAUGGGAAGGUCAGGUCUUCGGACUCUCAGCAGGUCAGCAUUGGGUUCCAGGUUCAUUACACUACGAGCACUGGUGCACAAUUCCUCGCAGUGACUGGAGACCACGAGAGUCUUGGGGGAUGGAAGACUUACAUUCCACUCCGCAACCACAAGGAUGGGAUCUGGUCUCAUUCUCUUUUCCUGCCAGCAGAUACAGUGGUGGAGUGGAAGUUUGUGUUAGUGGAGAAUGGGAAAGUUACACGCUGGGAAGAAUGCAGCAACAGACUUCUAGAAACUGGCCAUGAGGAUAAAGUGGUUCACAGAUGGUGGGGGGUUCAUUGAGUUAGUUGGCAGACUACUGGAGAAGUUGCACCAGAGUGUGGAGAGGCUACAGUGUGGUGCACACUGAAUAAUUUAAAGGGAGUACAACUCCAGAUUUAGCCAUCAAAGUUGCUAGUGCCUUUAAUCUAAUAGGCAGAUAAAUAUGUAUACAGACAAUGCUCUCAGCAGUGUGGACUUUUUUCCUUGUUGCACUGACUGGUUGGUUUGUGCUGAUAGUCAUGUAUUUUCUUUAGGGCUUGAACCUCUUAGAGAGUGAUCUGGCCAAGCUUCCGGUGGGACUGUGGUCAAAGAAGCAUGGAAGCUAAUAGGCUACAACAGGUACAAGCUAGAUGUAAUUAGUAAAGAUCUGUGGCAAUGCCCUGAGACUCCUCCAUAUUUUUGUUUGGUUUUAGCUGCUGUGUAGGAAUUAGCAGAUGGCAAGUGCUUCUAUCUUAGUGAUCUAAGGCUGGUUUGGAAACAAGGGGCUGAAUCAGGAUGGGUAUUCAAGGUAGUCAUGGUAGCAGCCCAAGAGAAGGAAUCUGAAUGGGGUUGGGUUGUGGGUUGGCCUGAAGGACAGCUCUUUUGAAGACUGGGAGGUACAGCCCAGUGUGGCUCCAGUGAAGGACACACCCAUCAUUUCCCAUGGGAGCCCUUGUAGGACUGUCUCUGUUCCCCUCACACCUGCACACACCAAGUCUCCAGAGAUGGAUUGUCCUAUAGAAACUCUUGCCCAUGACAUCCUCUUCCCUCGCCUCUCAUACCAGUAGCUAUAACCUGGUAACAGUUAAUGUAGAACCUGCUCUGAGAAGAAAUAAAUGUUUAAGUUAUAUCUGAACAAAUAAAA